UUUUGGGGGCCCAGGGGGGUUGUGUGGAGGUGGCGUCGGGCACCGAGGCCGUGCUGGGGGCCCCGUUCCGCCUCCUCUGCAUCGCCUGCAAACGGCGCAGCGAGACCCCCGCCGAGGCCGAGAGCGAGUGGUUCUUCAGGCCUGAGGGGGCCCCCCACUUCCAGAAGAUCCUGCACUACAGCCCCGAGGAGGAGCAGCCCUGGGUGGCCCCGGGCCCUUUCCUGGGGGUGCUGAGCUGGAACGGCUCGAGGGGCACGCGGGACCUGCAGGACCUGUCGGUGCGGCUGAGCGAGGUGGGCCACGCCCACGCCGGGCUCUACGUGUGCCGCCUGCGCCGCAACCUCACCUUCGAGGGC